CCGGCUCCCGCGAUAGCGUCGGGGGCGUGGCGCUGGGCCGUCCUCCUGUAACCACGGCGACGCGGCGGGCGCGGGCCUGGCGCGGGCCAGGCGCCUAGGUUCGGGCGUGUUGGGCGUCGCCGCAGGGCUCCGGGGUCCGCGGGACCGCAGAUCCAGGUUGAAAAUGGCCCAGGAGGUGUCCUGCAUCGGUGACUGUGAGGACACUAUCAUUACAGAGAAGUACCUGGCUGAGUCCACGGAGGCUUCGUCUCAUGUGCAGCUGGCCUGCAGCAUGCUGUACUGUGCCUUCCCCCUGCAUGGGAACCAGCUUUGCCUGUGGAGCAUCAGGGACCCUUCUCACCAGCUUCUAAUCCUACAAGGACACCUUCAGUCAAUUACUGCUAUGGCUUUUGGAAAUAAAGAGAAUCCACCUCUAAUCUGUUCUGCAUCACAGGAUUGUCUUAUGAUAUGGAACCUGGAUGAAUGCAGAGAGAAGUCACUUAAAGGGCUGGUUCCUCGAGGGACCGUCAUGGGCACGCUUUUGGAAAAGGUGCUGUAUUUAAGAUUUAGUCCAGAUGACCGUGUUGUUGCAGCAUGUGCUGGCAGCAGAGUGUUGGUGUUGGACGUGGAGAGUCCAUCUGUGCUGGUGGAACUGGAGGGCCAUCAGGGCACAGUGACCGCUGCAGAAUUUUGUCCCUGGCAGGGACAAAUCCUCAUUUCAGUGUCUGAAGACAGGAGCUUUAAGGUCUGGGACCACUGUAUGGGAACAUUAGUGUACAGCUCAUCUGUUUUUGCAGCAUACCCUCUCCUGAGUUUGUUCAUCCAUGAGGACAGUAAGCAGCUUCUCACAGGGUGUGCUGACGGCCAGCUUUGGGUCUUCAGUUUGGUAGAAAGGCACCGUUACCGUUGUGUGGCACGUGUUGACCUGAGGAAGAGAAACAAGGCUUUCUUCACCCGAAGGAUGGAGUCUGAGGGGUGCAGCCUGCCAGAGGAGAGUCAGCGCCCCUCUAGGAAGAUGCUGGACCAAGGAGAAGAGGCUGAAGCAGCCCUCCCCAUCCUGAUGCUGGCAAGCUGCUACCUUCCACGCCUUCUAGAUGCUGGAUGUGGAGUCAGCCUCCCUUCUGAGAGCAGCGCCUGCUUGUGGAUCGCAAGUUCAACUGGUCUGUUCAUAUUCCACCUGGCAAGCUUGGAACUAGAGCACGCAUUACACUUCAAAGACUUCAGGUGCCUCAGCGUCCAGGUGGCUGGUUCCUGCGCUGUGACGAGCCAGGCUGCUGACCACAAGGCCUUUUGCCUGCUCACGUCCAUGUUUGGGAAGAGAAUUGCCAUACUGGAAGUCAGCCUGGAUACUCUGGUGAGGUCCCAGCAGGGCCCUGUCCCCGAGAAGGCACUGUCAGUGCUGGCGAGCUCCUGUGUUCUACCAACUUCUCCCCUGUAUCUUGGAGUUGUUAAGGGGAAAAGUACUAAACCUUCUGGUCAAAAACAAUCUGCUGUGCAGAGUGCCGUGGGGGACCAGCCCUUGGUUUUCCACGCCAAAGUCAGGUCGUCGGGUUACGCAUUGCCACCGCGUGUCACUAUGUUUUCACCAAAGACUAACAUCAAGAAAGAUGGUAAAAGAUCUUCAAAAUGCAAGAUCAAUUGCAAGCGUGAGGAGUACCCUUUGGAGACCUCUGUGCCAAGUAAACCCAGCAAGCAGGUUGCUGUGUGCCAGGAGCCCACUGCUGUGAGCUGUGUCCAGUUCUCAGGAGAUGGACGGUGGUUGGCCUGUGGCUUAGCCAACAGUCUUUCUCUGAUCUUUGAAGCCAGCCUUACUGGAACACCUGCUGCCCUUUCAGGUCAUGACGGAGCUGUGAGCACCCUCUGCUGGAGCCAUGACCAGAGGUGGCUGCUCUCUGCUGCCCAGGACCAGACUCUGAGGCUGUGGUCGGUUCACAGGAAGGAGCUCCUGCUGCUUCUGGACAGAGGCAGGCUUUGUAAGCCGGUGCCAUCUGCACAGUUCUACUACAUGGAUGCCUUCAUUCUACUCUCCUCUGGCCAGGAACUCCAGCUGCUGAGGUACCAUGUGGACCCCGUCAGAGAUGAGAUAAAAAGGUAUAAGCCCAGGAGCAGGUACGAGUGUGUCCUCAGGCUGUCCACCCGGGGGGCCACUGAGGUGACCAGCUUGUCAGCGGUGAACGACUUCUACUCCCAUGUGGUCCUCACAGCUGGCCGCAACAGGACUUUGCAAGUUUUCGACCUCAACACCGGCUGCAGUGCUGCAGUGAUAGCAGAAGCCCAUUCACGGCCCAUCCAUCAGAUCUGUCAGAAUAAAGGAUCGUCCUUUACGACCCAGCAAUUCCAGGCCUAUAAUCUUUUCCUGACCACAGCCGUUGGUGAGGGGGUGAGACUGUGGGACCUGAGGACCCUGAGGUGUGAGCGCAGUUUUGAAGGACAUCCGAACCGUGGCUACCCCUGCAGAAUUGCUUUCAGCCCUUGUGGACGGUUUGUGGCCUGUGGAGCUGAGGACAGACAUGCUUACGUGUACAAUCUGGGCUGCAGCACAUUUUCCCAUCGGCUGGCUGGACACACAGACACCGUCUCUGAAGUGGCCUUCAACCCGGCGGCUCCCCAGUUUUACUCUUUUUCUGAGAAACACCACUUCCCCAUGGCGACCAUAGUGGCCCCUGGUGCCUGACCCUGGCCGUGCUGCACCAGAUUCUGAAAUUGAAUGAGGGAAGCAGAGUCCAGAGCUGGAGGCUGGUCGCUGGACCAGCGGGUCUUCUGCUGUGAGCUGCCUGUUUUGUGGACUCUGGCCACCUGCCUCGCAGAGUCAGAAACACAUGGCUUCCAAAGAGGAGAAGGAACCGGAAAACACAUCAGGAGCAGACGCUGGCGGUCGAAGGCCUGGCCUGGUUCACUCUGACCAGCCUUCGCAGUCUUGUGCACCGCCAGAGCCGUCCUCCCUGCUGGCACGGCAGAGCCCCUGGCUCCAGAGGAUCCUUCCGAUGUCCGGCACCUGAGUUCCUCUCACACGGCCACUCGCUGACUUCCUGUGGUCUGUCUGCCACUGACAGAGCCCAGCUCUGGUCCCUGAGGCCAGCCAGCCCCGGCCCCUGGUGGCCCCACCCCCUUUGCCCCAUCCUUGCCCCAGCCACCAGCAGCACCUCCCGGGGGGCCACUGACAGGGACCCAUACCUGGGAGCAGGCACAGGCUGGAUGUCCUGCCACGUCCACAAGGACCAGAUGCGGAGGGUUAGACUCCACCAAACGGACUCCAGAUCAAGGCAGUAAGAACUGACGUGUGCACUGCUGCAUUGCAUGUCUUUCCUUUACUGAUUUCCCCUUUUUAACGGUUCAAGAGUUUAAAGUAGAGGCACAUGGUGACCUGAGAGGCAUUUCUGUUGUCCAGGAGCCACUCUGAGCCAGUCAUUUCUGCUUUAACAUGUCCUUGGUAUGAGAUUUGGACACGUGUUUUGCAGACUGAGUUAUUUAGAACAGAUACACCUCAUUAAAAAAAAUCAGAAUGCAUGUGGUUUAAUAUUAUUCUCUCAGAUACAAUCCAGCCAAAGACAAAUUUGAAAAUAAAUAUGAUACAUGCGUGUGAGUAUAAAAUGAUCUUUGGUCUUGCAAACAAAAGCAAUUUUAUUUCAACCUGAAAGCUGAUAUUUUUAGCCUUAGAAAUGAGCAUGGAGUUCUCCCUCUCACGCAGUAUGUGCAUUCAGGCUGGGCUCCGCUGUCUGCAGACGCUGGUGACUGCGGGGACUGUGCAGGCUGCUCCCUUGUCUCCUGUCUCCUUCUGUAGGGGUGUGGGUGAGUUCCUGGGGCCAGGCCUGUGUCACGUGCAGACAGGAGCCCUCCGUGGGGCUCUGCCUCUGCUCCUGAGUCACCAGCACACACAGGCCCCCUUGGGCAGGACCAGGCCACUGCCUCCAAGUGUCUUUGGGCCCGGGGCAGGGAAUGGGUUUUGAGGGCGCCCAGGGCAUGGAGCAGACCUCUUCUUUGCUGCUGCUGAUGUUGAGCUGGGAAUCACGGCCCCUGCCCAGGCUGUGGGCUGGACACAGCACGUCCGCCUGCUGAAGCCCUGGCCUCUGGUCGAGUGUGGCACAAGGAGCUCUUAGGAAGCAAUCAGGUGAAAUGAGGUGGCAGAGCCGAGCUUCUAGCUGUCAACGUGAAGGAGAGGAGACAGGUCCGUCUCUGCCCUCCUCCCUCCUGUGCCUGAACUGGGGAAGGACCGUGUGAGGCCGUGCAGGGAGGGCUGUGUCUGCGAGCCUGCCACACCAGCUUGGUGGGGAGCAAACUUGGAACUACCCUGCACCUGGGUCCCGCUCAAGUUGGUGAGGGCAGAUUGGUCUGGGCCUGACCUCCCGCGGGAGUCUGCCGGUCAGCAGAGGUGGUCCUGUGCUGGAGGCUGGGCUCUGGCAGGUGACUGCUGGUGGUGGGAUGGACCUGGGCCUCCUGUGAGCCUGGGUCCACUCAGGCCAGUGUGGGGCGGCUACUAAUUCAUUCUUCCUAGUUAUAGGCGUAUUGACAUUCUGUUCAUUGCACUUGGUCUUUAUGUUUCUGAGAACUGUCCCAAAUAGGCUGUGGUAAAACUGUUCACAGGGACUUUUAUCAGCAUUCAUUUCUGUAAUGUCGGUGGUCACCCACAUUCACGCCUGUAAAUAAUUGUAAAUAAUUUGAAUUUCCUUUAUUUUUCUCAGCCAACUUAGCUGAAGAUUUUCCAAUUCUGUUGAUACAUUCAAAGAACUAAAUUUUGGUCUCACUGGUAUUUCCCCUAUUGUUUUGUGUUUUCAUUUUCUUCAUUUACUUUAAUCUUUUAAAAGUUUUCUUUCUUCUGGUCGCCCUGGGUUUGGUUUGUUCUUAUUUGUUAGUUGUCGAUCUGACUUUUUGUAUAAGCAUUCACAGCUGCAGAUUUCCUCUUUUUCUGGAGUCUGUGUUAUCUCAUGCAUUAUCAUUUUAAUCAUAUUUCACUGUUUUCUAAUUUCUCUUGUCAUUUCUUCUUUGAUCCAUUGGUUACAUAAGAAUAAUUUUCACAAUUUUGUGAGUUUUCAAGUUUCACUUUUAUUGUUGACUUCCUUAUUUCAUCCAAUGAGGUCAGAAAAGUUACUUUUUAAUAUUUCUAUCGUUUUUCAAAAUAUGGAAACCUUGCUCCUGGCUGAACCUGUGCUCUCUCCUGGAGAAUGUCCCGGGGCCAUGGGGCAGAGUGCGCUGCUACUGGUGGGGGCUCUGCGGAGGCCUGUCCGGUCCAGCUGGAUACUCUGUCCAGGAAGUCCUCUUCACACUUCCAGUCGCUCUCUGGCUAUCCUGUUCAUUUUUGAGAGGACAGUAUCGAAAUCUCCAGCUAUGAUUUUGAUACUAUGUCUUCUUCUAGUUCUUCAUUUCUCCUUCAUGUAUUUUGAUAGUCUGUUAGGGGUGUGAAUGCUCCUAGUCAUUAUAUCCUCUUGCUUCCUUGAGACAUUUUAGAUACUCAGUGUACUUUCUGUGUCUAGUAAGCUUUUGAUUUAAAGUCUACUUCUUCUGAUAUUGAUAUACCUGCCCUCUUUUGAUUAUCAUUUGCACUGAAUAUUUUUAUUCUUUCAGUUUCAACUUACGUGUAUCUUUGGAUCUAAAAUGAGUUUUUGUAGACAGAAUGUAGUGGGAUCAUGUGUGUUUCUAAUUCAUUUGGCCAGUCUGACUUUUCUUUGGAGAGUUUAGUAAACUUAUAUUUAAAGUAAUUAUAGAUAAGGAAGGACUUAUUUCUGUGACUCUUCUAUUUGUUUCCUGUAUGUCUUAUAGUUAUUUUCUUUUAUUUUCUGCAUUACUGUCUUAUUUUUAGUCUAUUUUUUAGUAAAAUGUUUCAAUUUAUUUCUCAUUUCCUUUUGUGUAUAUUCUAUAGCUAUUUUGGGGGUUCCCAUGGGGAUUACAUUUAACCUUUUAAGGUUAUAACACUCUAAUUUGAGUUUAUACCAGAUUGACUUCGGUGAUGUGCGACACUCUGCUUCUUUACAUCUUGUCUCCACCCUUUUUCAGUUGUUGAAGUCACAAAAUCACAUCUUUAUGUAUUUUGUUCUCCAAAACACAAAUUAAUAAUUCUUUUAAAUACAUUGGUCCUUUAUAUAACAGAAAAGUAUGGAGUUGUAAACCAGAAUUACAAUGAUACCAGCUUUUACACUGAUGAUAAUUUAAAAAUGUAUUUCUAUUUCAAAUCAUGCAGAUCACACAGAGGAGUCACCGAGUCCUGUCACAGUGUGAUGGCUUUAUGACUGCCCCCUGCCUUUGUCCACGUCCCGUGUCCCCCUGGCUCGGAGCUGCUGCCUGGUGUCCUUCCACGUCCCACAGGACCCCUGAGCACUUCUUGGGGACUGGUCUAGUGCUGAUGAACUCCUUCAGCUCCGGUUUAUCUGGGAAGGUCUUGCCUUCCCUCUUACUUUAUUUUCUAUUGGUCCUUUCUGGCUACCUGUGAGUUGCCUGUGACGGCGGAAUCCAUUUUCAUGUCAUCAUACUAGCAGGGAGCACACCGUGGCCCUGUUCUGUGGGUGAGCGUGGUGGUGACCCGGGACACUCCCCUCUGCUCGCCGUCUCCCUCCCUCCGCUCCCUGACUGUGGAAGCACACCUCUGCUGAUGCAGGGUUCCUGGGGCACGUUUUUCCUCUUCGCCCCUCGAGCACACCAAGCCCUGCUCUCCGACGGGAGCUCUGAUGUCUCCCGAGGCCCUGGAGUGUCGAGUCACUGCUCCUUUGUUGUUCCAGGAGUCUGUCAGGGCUUUUGGGAGUCUGGUCUCAUGUGUCUCGGUGUGGGUGGCUUGUGUUCACCUUAGGUGGAGUCUUGGAGCUUCUGGGAUGCUCACAUUCAUGGCUUUCAUCAAAUCUGGGGCGUUUUCAGCCAUCGUCCAGAUGUUGUGUCUGCCCCUUCUCUCUCCUCCGAGGCCCGGCAGUGUGUCUGUGCCUGCUGGAGGCUGCUCCCGGCUCUGCGUCUCUGCUCGGUGCAUUGUGUCCCCCAGACCUGGCAUCUCUCUGCCUCGUCUUGGUGUGCCACUGCCUUCUGCUGCUCGGCUCUGUCUCGGCUCCCUAAAGUCCAUCUCACUUGGUUGCACGCGUCCCCAGCUGCAGGGUGCCUGCUUGGUGUCAAGGGCCACAACCAAGUCAAGACGGCGCCUGGCACUUUGCCAGGAGGAGUGUUUGUGAAGCCACGCCAUCGAGCCAUUAAGGUGAUGAGGAUUCCUUCAUGACUGACUGCUGUAUCCAGGUGAUGUUAAUUAAGUCAAGCUGUGUGUAAUUAGUUAGGUAUCUAUACCUCUGCUGUCCCGUAAUAAAGCGGCUCCCACUGUUUCGACCUUCACAAGUUGCUGGCCACCCCCGGUUAUUUUGCCCAGCCAGACUGCGGCGGCUUGGAUUCAGGUUUGUGUUCUCUGUCUGCUGUUUGAACUUCUUUAAAACAUAAUUUACAAACAUUA